GUGAGAAUAUACCCUAAACUCUCAAACAAUAACAACAAAAGGAAAAGAAAGGCUAUGCAAAAAUAAAAAAGGAAGGAGAAGAUCAGAAUUGAGAAGAGAGCACUGGAGUAACCACGUUCUUCGCCUCUUAAACACUGGUUACUUUACAUCUGGCGGGAAUCUACCCAAUUACAGAACUACUAAUCCGACUUCAUUUCACUUUUUCCACCUUUUCUCUCAUCCAUCAUCAUCUUUUUUCUUUUUAAUUCCUCAAAUUAUUUUUUUCCCCUUCAUCUUCUCUAAAUUACCCAAUUUUCAAAAUAAAGAUUACUUCUUUUUUUCCCCAUCAAUUUUACCACCAUUUUUUGUUACUGCUAAUCUACAAAAGAUCUUUUUUUGGGUUAGUUUUGCAGAAGAUUCUUUAUUGGGUGAUAUUGUUUAGUAAAUAAUUCCAGCUAUUAUGGAGGAAAAAGCCAAUCUAUGUCAAAUUCAAUAAUGGGGGAUCUCUCAAUCUUCUCUUGCAUCUCAAAUCAGUAAUUUUGGCUUUAACUUCUAAUUAAUUAUAAAUUUAAUUGGAGUAUAAAUUAAGGGUCGGUGUCUAAUUUUUUUUUAGUCACAUAAUUUGCAUAAAACAAUAAGGAGACUAGUUUUUUCCUGCAUUGUCAAGGGGCUGUUUGCCCAUAUCAAGAGGGUAGCAAGUUUUGGUUUACUGCAAGCAAGAUGAGAGGAGCUGUAUUUGCAGCACUUGCUGCCACAAUGGGUAACUUGUUGCAAGGGUGGGAUAAUGCCACCAUAGCAGGAGCUGUUAUAUACAUCAAGAGGGAAUUCAGCCUCGAAACACAACCAACCUUGGAGGGGCUAAUUGUGGCCAUGUCGCUUAUUGGGGCCACAGUGAUCACAACCUUCUCAGGUCCCGUUUCAGAUUCAGUUGGGCGUCGUCCAAUGCUAAUCAUCUCAUCAAUAUUAUACUUUCUUGGUGGCUUGGUUAUGCUAUGGUCUCCUAAUGUAUAUGUCUUGCUCUUGGGAAGGCUUUUGGAUGGUUUUGGUGUUGGUCUAGCAGUUACUCUUGUGCCAGUAUAUAUAUCAGAGACUGCACCCCCAGAAAUCAGAGGACAGUUGAAUACCCUCCCACAGUUCACUGGCUCAGGAGGGAUGUUCUUGUCUUACUGUAUGGUAUUUGGCAUGUCUUUGAUGGAAGCACCUAGAUGGAGAUUGAUGCUCGGUGUUAUUUCAAUCCCGUCACUUUUGUAUCUUGGAUUGAUGGUGUUUUAUUUGCCUGAGUCUCCUAGGUGGCUCGUCAGCAAAGGAAAGAUGCAUGAGGCUAAGAAAGUCUUACAAAAAUUGCGCGGCAGGGAAGAUGUCACUGGUGAGAUGGCAUUGCUUAUAGAAGGGCUUGGAACUGGGAAAAAUACAUCCAUCGAAGAGUAUGUGAUAGGCCCAGCAAAUGAUGAAGAAGCCACCACAGAUAAAGAUCAAAUCAAGCUAUAUGGUGCUGAGCAAGGCCAAUCUUGGAUAGCCAAACCAGUCAGAGGUCAAAGCACGCUUGGCAUGGUUUCUCGUUAUGGAAGCAUGGCUCAGCAGGGAAGUAUGGCAAACAUGAUGGAUCCUCUCGUCACUUUGUUUGGUAGUGUUCAUGAAAAGCUUCCCCAAUCAGGGAGCAUGCGGAGUGCAAUAUUCCCUAACUUUGGGAGCAUGUUCAGUACUGCUGCUGAUGACCAUGUUAAACAUGUAAAUUGGGAGGUGGAGAGCCGAGAUGAGGACUCCUCAUCUGAUGUUGGCCAUGAUGACUCUGAUGAUAAUCUGAGGAGUCCACUGCUUUCACCUCAUGCCCCUGGAGCAGAAAAGGAUGCAGUUCCUCCAUUAAAUGGCAACAGCAUGCUGAUGCAAAGUGGUGAAUUAGUCAAUAGUACAGGUAUAGGUGGAGGUUGGCAGUUAGCGUACAAGAAAGCAGAAGAUGGUGGUGAACUAAAAAGGGUUUAUCUCCAUCAAGAACCAGGAAUGGGGUCUAUGCGUGGAUCUAUGCGUGGGUCUAUGCGUGGGUCUGUCCUUUCACUGCAUCCUUCUGAUAUUCCUGAAGGUCAGCUUGUUCCAGCUGCUGGUCUUGUAAGCCAGUCCACCCUUCAAAUCAAGGAUUUCAAGGGAGAAUCUCCUUUUGAGGGAGGUGAUAUACGACCUUCUGCAGCUGCUACAAAAGGGCCAAGCUGGAGAGAGCUUCUUGAACCAGGGGUUAAGCGUGCAUUGUUGGUUGGAAUGGGAAUGCAGAUACUUCAACAGUUCUCUGGGAUCAAUGGAGUUCUCUACUACACCCCUCAAAUUCUUUCACAAGCAGGAGUGGACGUUCUCCUAUCAAAAUUAGGGAUUGGUUCAGACUCCGCUUCUCUUCUUAUAAGUGGUUUGACGACAUUGUUGAUGCUUCCUAGCAUAGGCCUUGCAAUGAGGCUGAUGGAUAUCUCUGGGAGAAGGUUUCUUUUACUAAACACACUUCCCGUCUUGAUAGGAUCUCUCAUUAUACUUGUACUUUCCAAUGUUAUCGAGAUGGGAACCGUCUUACACGCGACAUUAUCUACUAUCAGUGUUGUAGUCUACUUCUGCUGCUUUGUCAUGGGUUUUGGCCCCAUUCCAAAUAUCCUCUGCUCUGAAAUCUUCCCUACUCGUGUCCGUGGCCUUUGCAUUGCCAUAUGUUCUCUUACCUUCUGGUUUGGAGAUAUCAUUGUCACGUACUCUCUCCCAGCUUUGCUCUCCUCUAUAGGGCUCGCCGGAGUAUUUGGCAUCUAUGCCGUGGUUUGCAUCGUCUCUUGGUUCUUUGUUUAUUUCAUGGUACCUGAAACAAAGGGCAUGCCCCUUGAAGUUAUCAGUGAGUUCUUCAAUGUGGGUGCAAGGCAAGCUGAAGCUGAGAAAAAUAUGUGAUUUUGCUGGUAAUCUUCAAAAUAUUGAAUUGUUCAUUGUUUAAGGCAUCUAAGUAGAUAUGCCUUAAUGAAGUACUUGAUGAAGAUUUUGAUCAACUCAGAAAAAGAGAGAGAUAAGAGAAAGGAAAGAGAGUUUAGCAUUCUUUGCAAUACAUUUUUGAUAAUGCUGAACCAAUACAAGAAACUCAGAGAUCUGGUUAAGAUGAAGAGAUUAUUAGUGUGGGAUAUUGCACUUCAGUUCCCCCUUUUUCUGAACAACAAUGGUUCUUGGCAGUUGUAAUUGAAGAUUUUGAUUUGUUUAUUGAUAAUAUUAAGUGAAUUCAAAUGUUAA